CACGACCUUGCUUAAGAUCAUGCCCGGGUUAUUGGCUUCAACAAUCUUUGGGUGAAACGUCGUCCCACGAGCCGACGCUUCCAUGAACAACUCGUACGUUGCAGGCGCCGAUGCGUACGUCAAGGGAAACUUCGCGAUCACGUCCACCGGUGUCGUGAUGAAGGGCACAGGUCGUGCGUUCACAGUGAACCCGUCCGAGCUGGAUUGGGGCGAUACGAUCGGUCGAGGUGCCAGUGGCACCGUUGUCAAGUCUCGUCAUCGUCCUUCGGGCACAAUCCUUGCUUUGAAGCUGAUCAACAUGAACGACAAAGGGAAGCGCGAGCAAUUGAUGCGUGAAAUCCACGCCUUGUUCGACUCGGAGUGUUUGUGCCUUGUGACAUUCUACGGCGCGUUCCUCAAAGACAGCGCGGUCGCACUCGCUCUCGAGUACAUGGACGGCGGGUCGUUGGAGAACGUCGUGCAUCAGCUUGGCGCCUUACCGGAGCGAAUACUCGCCAACAUCACAUACCAAAUCCUGUGUGGCCUCAGCUACCUCAAGUCCAGAAAGCGCGUCCAUCGGGACAUCAAACCAUCCAAUAUUUUACUCAACAGCAAGGGCGAGGUCAAGCUCACGGACUUUGGCAUUGCUACGGAACUGCACAACUCUGUUGCCAUGUGCGGAUCGUUUGUGGGCACGUUCAAGUACAUGUCCCCCGAGCGCAUCCAACACAAGCCGUACAGCUACUCGUCCGACAUUUGGAGCCUUGGCCUCGUGCUCAUCGAGAGCGCCACGGGCCAAUACCCGUACCAGCAACCCAAGACCACCAUCGAUAUGAUUCAAAGCGUGUUGGAGUCCCCCCCGCCUUCCCUCUGCGAAGGUACUGAGACCUACGACGUCGACCUGUACUCGACGCUUCGUAGCGUUCUUCCCGCCUGACUUUUGUGCGUUUGUGCGAUACUGUUUACACCAAUCGCCGACGGACCGCGCCUCGGUGGAUGACUUGCUCCAGGCGCCGUGGUUUACUCGCUGCGGGGCUUUAGGUAUGUUCUUAUAUCAAGUGGCGUGUUGCCGUUCUUGAACAUCAUAUCAUAAUGCAUGCGACGCUGUGUCAAGACUUGGACUCGGCGCGACAAAACAUCUUUGCGUGGAUCUCGGACGAGUGCCGGUCGUAAGCUGCUGAUGCUAUUCCGUCAAAGCAGCGUAGUAUUAUAAUUUAACCUCUUGUUGUGCAUUUGGAAUCUAUGGUUACGUGGCCCCGAGGGCGGCUUGGGCGAGCGCGACGUAGUACGCGACUUCGCCUUCGCCAUGCGUCAUCAAGUACAUUUCCAUCACGUGCACUUGCAGCGCGAGGUGCGGCAGGUUAGCUUGGCCAAAUAGCAAGACCAAACACGGCAAGAUCACGUCCGCCGACAGUGACGACGGUGGUACUUGAAGUGCCGCUCCUACUUCGGCGUGGAGCGUGCCAAUUGCCGACAUGUACGAACCCGUGAUAGUGUCCGGAAUGAACGUCGGCAUAGCUUCCAACGCCGCCCGGGUUUGAGGCAACGCAAGUUCCUGCUGCACGUGCACUUCAGCGAGGUCCUGGACCGCAAGCUGGUGCAUCCGGGGCUUGAGCAAGUCGUACCGCCGGGCGGCGGACGCCAACGUCGGGGCGUAGAUACGAUAGUACGCGGAGGCUAGUCGGAUGUGCACCAUCUGGCGCACGAGGGCGUUGAGGGUGGGGCGUCGACAGGAGGGAACGAGCCCGUGUUCGUGGAUCAAGUGAUUGGCGAUUUGAUCCACGAGGGGGUGCAAGGGGGGCAUCGAGGGUGGCUGGGGGGACGCGUACGCGGUGGCCGCGAUGUGCCGAAGGCGUUGACCGAUGUCGGAUUUGUCAAAGCACGUUUCCAGCAAGAACAGUUCGAACGACAAGUAAUGGCUCGACGGCAUUUGGUCGGUGGGGGGGAGCACUUGUUGGGGGGAGAGUUGGAGGACGGUGUGCCAUCUGGACACUGUCUCACGAUGCGAACAGAACGUGGGCACCAUGUCGUCGUGGAACGACCACGCGCGAAUGAGUUGGGGCGGCGACGUCACGUAAUCGUCGGCAGAUCGGCGGCGAAAGGCCGCAGACGACCCAAGUUCGGACUUGGCGUGAGCCAAGAUUGCAGCGAGCCACUUGGCCUGGAUCGCCAGGGUGCGAUAAAGAACAUCUCGUCGAAGGUGGUGGUGCCAUGGAACUGUAGCUGGGACAGUCGAUAGCACUGUGAUCGCGCGUUCGUGUAGAGCGACCUCGACGUGCAACUUGAUGCAAGCAAGAGAGUGGCCAAACGGGGGAUGGCUGGAGCUACUGUCGCUGCGUCGGCGCCUCCAAAACGAGUUGGCAGGGGGGUUGACAGUGUCGAACUUGAGUUCCCAGUUGAGGCGACUGGUGGACAUUUGCAGAGCGGUCCGCUCCAGCGCGAGGCGGGCUGUCAAGGCAUCAUCGCCGUCCACAGCUUUGGGGGACUUUGCAUUACGUGGGGAUGAGAGGAUUCUCGAGAGCGGCCACAGCAGGAGCAUCAAACAGAGAAUGCCGAUGGAUAUGCGACGCGAGACAUGUAAAGAAGUGCACCAACGGCACUCGCUGCGUCUCCCGCACGCGCGUUAUUGGCCCUUUUGAGAUAAGAUCGUUUUUGAAACUUCCGC